CCUGUCGCUGUUGUUUGUGAGUACACACACUUUACAGACCUCAAACCCACAGCCGGACAGCAACACUGUCACCACCAUGAGAGAAUUCAAGAGCAAGGACUUCUGGAGGGCUGUUCUGGCCGAACUGGUUGGCAUGACCCUUUUCAUUUACCUCAGCAUCUCCUCAGCAAUUGGGAACACGAACAACUCCAACCCAGACCAGGAGGUGAAGGUGUCACUGGCAUUCGGACUGGCCAUUGCCACGCUGGCCCAGAGUUUAGGCCACAUCAGCGGAGCCCACCUGAACCCUGCAGUUACCCUCGGGAUGCUUGCCAGCUGCCAGAUCAGCGUGUUCAAGGCAGUCAUGUAUAUUGUGGCCCAGAUGCUGGGUUCAGCCCUGGCCAGUGGCAUUGUGUAUGGAGCACGUCCAAGUAGCAAUGUUGCACUGGGGCUCAACUCUCUCAACGGUGUCACUCCCAGCCAAGGCGUGGGCAUAGAGCUCCUGGCAACCUUCCAGCUGGUACUGUGUGUCAUUGCAGUCACUGAUAAAAGGCGGCGUGAUGUCACCGGCUCAGCACCCUUGGCCAUUGGCCUCUCAGUCUGCCUGGGACACUUGGCAGCAAUCAGCUACACAGGCUGCGGCAUCAAUCCCGCUCGCUCCUUUGGUCCGGCUUUGAUCCUGAACGAUUUCACAGACCACUGGGUGUACUGGGUGGGGCCAAUGUGUGGUGGUGUUGCAGCAGCUCUCAUAUACGAUUUCCUGCUGUCCCCCAAAUUUGAUGACUUCCCUGAGCGAAUGAAGGUCCUGGUCAGCGGCCCAGUGGGUGACUAUGACGUUAACGGAGGCAAUGACGCUACGACUGUGGAGAUGACGUCAAAAUAGUUCCACACUGUCACAACUAUUUAGUUUCAUUGUACAUUUCUAUACUCCUGUAAAAAAAGAAGCUCUUGAAUGUAGUUUAGGAUGUCAGUUUUUUGUGCUAUUUUGAAAUACCAAUGAGAUUUGUGGUAACGGGUCAGUUAGUGUUUUUUUUCUAAUUCACUGUUUGACCCCAUACACAAUUUUCACCCAGCUGCCGCUCGAGCAUACAAGUCGAGGUUAUGAGAAUCUUGACAGAGCAGUUUGUUCAAAUUUUGUCCCAUAUCAGUAUUCUAUGAUGAGCCAUUUUUUGUAUACUUUAUGUGCCUGUAUCACUUUUUAUUUCUGAUGGAUAAUGUAAUGUGUGUACACUCUUGAAAUGUCUCUCACUUUUUUAAGUAAAUAAAACACUUGUUGUUAACAA